GGUAGUGCGCACUCUUGAUCUCUAUAGGAAUGGAAGAUCUGCGUUCGGCCAGAGUUGUUCCAUGAGGUGACUGGAUCAGAUGGGUCCUGUACAGAUGGUACUUCGUACAUGAUUUGCUGGAAAGGAUAGAACGAGUGAUGAGGAUCGCCGUUUGCCAUAGGGAUUAGAUCAGUGACUGGGCACUCGCUGAUCACUCGCAUGAUAUCUUUUAGUGGGUUGGCAACUCGAAUCCUAGCCUCAUCUGAGAGGUGAUGUGAAAGGUCGAUGACGCCGUUGUCACUGGUAACAUUGUUGUUGAUCUGUGGUGUAUGCAUCGAACGGAAUUGAGACAAGGGAGAGAGAAGGAUAUUAAUUCCGGAGCCGAUGGGCAAACGGGAUGUAAGGGACCGAGGCCGAAGUAAAGAUAGAUGGUAGUAGUCAGACUGCUAGCCACGUCUUCUUUGCUGAAUUCGUCUAUGCUUGCAUUGCUUCAAGUCAAGGCCAAAUAUAGGUGCCGCCCAGUUGAAACUGCUUGUUACCAUCAAACUCGAAAGCACCGCGGCCCCGAGUACGAUGAGACGGUUCUGCUGUCGAAGAGUGAAAUUCUAAUGCCGCUGUGCAGUGUUUCAGCGUACCGCGGUAUGCACGCAGACGGUCCGGUAGCGAAUACUGCGAGGAUUGUCUGCAGUAUUUGCUGGUGGAGCUUGAGCUGAGCGGAGAUAAGGGUUUGAAAUUGAUGGCAAUUUGCAAUCCCCUACAAUCCACGCAGUCACUACCCCCAUGUCACGCUUCUAGCAAACACGUACACCAGGUCUUGAGGCUCGUCUAUGAGCUGCUAGGACAGUGGACUGGCAGAAAUCUCGAUGAGGCGGGUAGCUGGGCCGGUUUCGAGGUUCGAGCAAGCUAGUAGUCGAGGGUAGUUACCUGCACGUGGUUCUUCUGCACCUGUUCCGCGGCACAGUAUACCGCAAACCUAGUUCUAGAUUGGGCGAGUCUAGCACUUUACUUGUCCCUGCGAAGUCAUGUGCCACCGUGACGCCUACUGCGGAUCGCGUACAGGGUCGCAGUUUACAGGGAUAAUUGAGAAGC